CGGAGCGGCGAUUAACGCUCGGGAGCGGCGGCCGCGGCGAUGGCGCCGGAGCGCGGCGACCGCUCGCUCCCCGCCGGUACGGAGGGUCUUCCCCGGGCCUUCCUGCAGAGCCUGCGGACUCUCUUUGAUAUCCUGGAUGACCGGCGGCGGGGUUACGUGCACCUACGGGAGAUCGAGUCCCGCUGGCGGGGAGCGGAAGCCCGGGAGCUGCCCGCCGGCGUGAUGGAGGGGCUGCGGCGGGCGGCCCCGGCCAGCGGGUACCUCACCUUCGAGCGGUUCGUCCUGGGGCUGCGCGCCGCCCUGCCCGGCCCGGCCCGCCCUGUGGAGAGCGGCGGGCGGCGGAGCGCGGAGAAGCCGCCGAGCCCGCGCUGUGCCGAGGAGCGGCGCGGGAGGAGCGGCGGGCAACGGGAGCCGGGGCACGGCCAGCCCCGCGGCCGAGGUGGUGAUGCUAAGGCUGCUGGACAGUCCCAGGGAGAUGGCAGCCUUUCAGGGGCUGGGGACACUCGGAGGCAUCAGAGGGGACGUGCAGAACACCGGAGACACACCAUCACCAAUGGUGUAGACUUCAGCAUGCUGAAGCACAUGAAGGAGCUGGAACAGGAGAAGGAUUUCCUGCUGCAGGGUCUGGAGCUGGUAGAGCAUGCACGGGAGUGGUACCAUCAGCACAUCCAGUUCAUGCAGGAAUGUCAGAGGCUCCUGGGGAAGAACAAAACCAGUGCAGAAUUCCUCCCUGAGGGCAGCCAGAGCCACCUGGGGCACCUGGUCCCCAAGCUACAGGAGGUGAACCGCUGCCUGGCUGACCUCCUUUCCACCACUGGCAAGUCAGUGAACCCCUCCUCAGCUCUGAGCAGGCUGGUCCCUGUGGUGUCCCCAGUGUCAGCAGGCUCACAGCAAGCCAUAAAUAUGCUGAAGGAGCAAAACCGGCUUCUCACCAAGGAGGUGACUGACAAGAGUGAACGCAUCACCCAGCUGGAGCAGGAGAAAUCUGCCCUGAUCAAGCAGCUCUUUGAGGCUCGUGCCUGUAGUAACCACGAAACAAGCCAGCUGGACUCCACCUUCAUCUAGCACCUGUCUCCUCACUCUAUGUCCUCAAGCUUCCCCGGGGGUUUCAUGGGAUUCUUGCACCCAUUGCUCCAGGUGUCAUAUCUCGAGGUCUGGAGCUGCUGGUGGCAUCUCUGCAGGAGGAAACUGAGGAGGUGUUUCCCUGACCCUGCCUGAGGAGUAUCCCCGCACUGCUCUGCUGCUGGGCUUACCAGCUGUGCUGCUCUCAAGCUGUUCCUUUUCUGUCUUUUUAGAGACUGCAGGGACUGUACCCCCAGCCCAGUGAUCCCCAACAUGCUGGGGGAAACAGCCGCUACCUAUGCUGCCGGGGAGGGGGGAGGCAGGGGCAGCUGCUGUCCCUUGGCCUCACUUCAGGCUGAAUUCUGGCUGCUCUCAGAAAAAGAUGAUGCUGCUUCAACAUUCCAGCUGUCAUCUCCAGGCAAGCCUGGCCAUUGAAGGGUGGCCUGCCCCCUGCUUGUCCUGCUGUUGGAGGACAAGAUUGAAAAUCCAGUGGAGCGUGCCUGGCCCCUCUCUGCUGCCUGAGUUCUGCCUGCCAGUGACGGUGUACUGGGCCAGAGCAGUGCCUGAACUGGUGCUCCUCCUGGUGUAAUCCCUCUUUCCAGUUUGCAGUAGUGAUGCCAUAGUUGCUGUUUACAUGUCUACAGGCUUCUGUAGUUAAUGAGCCAUAGACCCAAACGAGGUAGCCUGUACCUCUGAGCUGCUCUUUCAGGCUGCUUGCAGAUUGAGGCAGACAUCUCUGCGUCCCUUUAUUUGGCUUGACCUGACAAGUGUUUCCUUAUGACUGCCAGGCUUAUAUUUUUUCAUUAUGGCUUUAAAAGGAGAGGUGAUGUCCUACAGCAUGAGGAUGCUAACACAAGCCUGACUUCACAGAUGACCUUUAGGACAAGGUUUUGUAUUUAACUGAAUGUGAGUGACAGAGCAGAGGCUGAUGGGCUCUUUCUGGGCACAUCUCCAAGUAGCAGCUUUGCCUGUCCUGGUGGUAGUCUAAGCAUGGGUCCUGUUAGUCUGGUGCAACUCAGGAGACCUCCUCCUUCCCACCCAGUUCAGUGAUGAUGCUUGAGCUGAACAAUGUCUUCCACUGUGGCUUGGUACUUGGUAUUUAUGGUACUUUCACAGGAGAGCCUUGUGAAUCCCCAUGUAGCACAGGGCUGGCCCUCUGUAGCUCCAAGACCAGGACCUUUCUUUCCAAGGUUGUUUCAGGCUCUGACUCUCCUGACACAAUGCUGUGACACAAUGCACUGAUCUGGGCAGAAGUGUUGGACCUGCCCUGCUGUGGCCUGGGCACCAUGCAGACCCAUUCCUUUAUCACUCCUGUUUUUACCUGUCUAGUGCAGACAUGUCCCAUCCAGCUCCUCUCUUUGAGGUUGAUUUUUGACCUGAAGCUCACUGCAAGGCACGAAUCCCUUCUCUACCCUUGUGCCUGCUGCCCUAUGCCAGAGUGGGGAUCAGCAGAGUGCCAGGGAGAGGGAGGAAGAGGGAGGAGCAAGGCCAUGGGUAGUUGUGACCCCCUAUCUGCAGGAGUAGGGUGUUAGUUGUCCCCUGGGCAUCAGUGCCUGCCAUCUCUUUCAUGAUGCCACCUCUGGUAUCCAGUGCCUGUUUUACCUGAGGUUUGAUUAAAAGUGACCUUCUUUAUAAGGAGGGUCGCCUGUUGGUAGGAGUAAUAAAGUGGGGUGAACUAUUUAA